AUGGAAGGAGAGACUAUCAAGAUUAUGAACCAAGACCUUGUGAGGUUGGAUCGUUUUGAUGGUUCCAACUUCACUAGGUGGCAAGACAAGGUGACAUUCCUUUUCACAGCACUUAAGAUUUUCUACAUCCUUGAUCCUACCUUGGCACCGUUACCGGAACCAAAGGAAAAUGACACACCUCAAGUAGUGGCGGCAAGAAAGAAGAGGGAGAAGGAUGAGCUCAUAUGUAGGGGUCAUAUUUUGAAUGCCUUAUCCGAUAGGCUAUAUGAUCUAUACACCAACACCUAUUCCACGAGGGAGAUUUGGGAGGCUCUUGAAAACAAGUACAAAGCUGAGGAAGAGUUCUCAAAAUUGAACUUCCGGAGGCCUUCCAAGUUGGUGCUAUUGUGGCUAAAUUACCAUCAAGUUGGAAAGGUUACCGGAAGAGGAUUCCACAAGAGUGAAGAUUACUCAUUGGAAGAGAUUCAAAAACAUCUUCGCAUUGAGGAAGAAUCGAGAUCAAGAGACAAAAUGGUGGAAGAGUCCAAUGGUGGGACUAACAAAGCCAAUGCGGUUUCAAAGGCUAAUCAUCCUAGAGGUAAAAAUAACAACAACAAAAGGAAUUCCGGAAAUUAUAUGAGCCCUAAGAAAAAUCAAGAGCAAUUUAAGGGCAAGAAAGGUCCUUGUUUUGUGUGUGGAAAACCCGGGCAUUAUGCUAGGGAGUGUAGGUACCGAAAGGACCUAAAAGGGGCUGUGGUGAAUGCAAUUGAUGAGGAGAUCAUUGCAACACUAAGCGAUGUGUGCGUUGUCCAAGGAAAGGUGUAA